AUGUCUCGACGACGCGGGUCGGGGAAAGAUUUCUACGCCGCGCUCGGCGUCGCGCCCACGGCGGAUGAGAAUGAGAUUCGAAAGGCGUACAGGAAGCUGGCGAUGAAGUAUCACCCGGAUAAGAACCGUGCGGAUACGUCGGGGCAGAGCGAGAAGAAGUUUAAGGAGGUGUCGGAGGCGUACGAGGUGUUGAGCGAUCCGAAGAAGCGCGAGUUGUACGACGCGUACGGCGAGGAAGGUUUAGAGAACGGUGGGGCGCCAGGGGGUGGAUUUUCGGCGCAGAACGCGGAGGAUAUAUUCGCGCAAUUCUUUGGGGGCGGAGGGAUGCCGGGUGGUGGAUUCUCAGGAGGUGGGUUCCCAGGGGGUGGGAUGCCCGGGGGCGGUUUCGGCGGCGGAUUCCACGGCGGCGGAUUCCACGGCGGAGGCAUGCCCGGGGGCGGUUUCGGCGGUGGAUUCAAUGAACCGCCCCAGAAGCAGCGAAAGAAGGCGCCGAAGAUUGAGCAAACGCUCAAGGUUUCGCUCGAGGAGAUGUUUUACGGCGCGCAGAAGAACUUUAGCGUGACGCGAAAAGUUAUUCGUAACGGGCGGCAGGAGUCGGUGCAAGAGACGCUCACGAUCGACAUCAAGCCCGGGUGGAAGAGCGGGACCAAGCUGACGUUUCAGGAGAAGGGCGACGAGACGCCGACGACGAUCGCGGCCGAUAUCGUCUUCACGCUCGAGCAAAAACCUCACCCGCACUUUGAGCGCGAAGGAAACGAUCUCGUGAGGACGAUGAAGGUCGACCUCAACGAAGCCCUGCUGGGGACUUCAUUCAGCGUGUACACGCUCGACGGUAAAGCGAUCCCGGUCACGGUGGAUGAGAUCAUCUCCCCGACCUUUGUCAAGGUGCUUCCCGGAGAAGGGAUGCCCGUGAGUAAGGCGCCCGGAUCGCGAGGCGACAUGCGGAUAAAGUUUGACAUCCGCUUCCCCAAGGGUCCGCUCACGAGCGCGCAAAAGAGCGCGCUUCGAACGGCGCUCGAAAAUGGCGUCCAGUAUUAG